CCUGGCUUUAGUUGCGGGAGCAGCGGACAACCUAUGCAACAAAAGCUGCUGCAGAGACGAGCGACUGUCCGACCACUCAGCGGACGAAAACACGGAGCCAGCGGCUGACAUAACCCGACGAGGUACAACUGCAGGGCUUAAGAUUGCAGCCUGAACGAAACUACAACGUCUCAACGACAUUUAUGAAGCUUUCAAGGCCUUUUGACUGAUCAGCCAUUCGAUGGGGAUUUUCAGAGGAGCUCCGCCUACCGUCGCCGCCUUCCCUCCUCCUGCUCCCUCCUCCCCCCGCGACCUCUUGCUCGCCCCCACCCACUCCGUCAUCCAGCCCUCCAUCCAGCCCUCCAUACACAAAAUGACUCUGGAACUCACUGAAUGGUCUUCUAUAUGGAUUUUUACUGCUUGUAAUAGACAGUAAGAAAAAGGAGUGGCAAACGUCGAUGACAAAAAAGCCAUAAACACCCACAACACACACACACACACACACACCUACACACACACACACACCUACACAGACACUUUCAUACCAAAUAAAGCUGUUUUGCAGGCAGUUCCUCACACACCUGAUGUGCACACACAAAAACAAGCAAAGAAGCAAAUGCACAAAGCCGCUCUUGGAAUGUACCGCUCACAUCCUGUGAAAUUCAUCUGCUUCCUUUAUUUUUUGGAGAAUUUCUCCAAGCCUUGAGAAAGCUGAUUUUUAUUUUAUUUUUUCCCAAUUUAAGCAAGGAUUAAAAAUGUGGGGAAUUUGAAUUUGCAGUGUUUUUGGAGGACAACUUUAGAGGACAGUUGAUUGCUAAGUGAUUUUUUUUUUUUGUUUUGUUUUGUUUUUUUUGUUUGUUUUGUUUUGUUAUCUUAAUUUUCUGAAAAUUCUGAUGUGCGAUACAUCUGGAAGUAGCAGAUUAGUUCUGCAUAUAUUUAGUGUCCUUAGCCUUUGUAAUUUUUAGCAGGACCCAGUUUAAGAUACAUUUCAUUACCUCACAGGCUGGGAAACAUCUGUUACAGUUAUUCAACACUCCAUCACUUCUUGAACAUGUCAGUAAUAGAUGUAACAACAAUGUAACCAGCAAGUUACAACCACUGGUUGCAAUUUUUUUCUUGCAAAGAUUGUAAUGAAGUUACUUCUAGGAAGCCACUACUAGUUUUAAAGUAACUACAAGUAACUUGAAAGGAGGAGUUUGUGGAAGUGGAGAAAUAGAAGUAUUAUUGCUUUUGUAUUGUAGUAUUGUUAGAAGGGGUGCGCUUGUUUUCUUGUUGCUUGCAUGCCCUCCAACAUGCCUCCCCAGAACACAGAGGCUGACACCAUGCAGGUCGGAUCUCUGGUGGGUGGGGUUGGCAGCAAAAACUCCACCGCAUCAGGCUUGGAUGAGGAGAAAGGAGUAGCAGGAGGUGAGACGGAUGGAUUGGGAGGUGGAGGCGGAGCGGCAGAAGGAGGCCGAGGAGGAGAGGAAUCUGCUAGUGAAGGAUCGAUUGAAGGAAUUCCUUUGAAGAGAUGGGUGAUGCAUGGGGCUGUGAUGUUCGGUCGGGAGUUCUGCUACGCCAUGGAGACGGCGCUGGUGACUCCUGUGUUGCUGCAAAUAGGUCUUCCAGAGCAGUACUACAGUCUGACAUGGUUCCUCAGUCCAGUUCUUGGCCUCUUGUUCACUCCUCUGAUCGGCUCAGCCAGUGACCGCUGCACUCUGCGAUGGGGCAGGAGGAGACCAUUCAUCCUGGCUCUCUGUAUAGGAACACUGCUUGGAGUGGCUCUGUUUCUGAAUGGAUCACUGAUAGGUCUGUCACUGGGUGAUGAACAAGGGAGACAACCAAUAGGAAUUGUCCUUACUGUGCUGGGUGUGGUGGUGUUGGACUUUUGCGCGGAUGCCACAGAGGGACCAAUAAGAGCAUACUUGUUAGAUGUGGCAGACACAGAGGAACAAGACAUGGCGCUGAAUAUCCACGCCGCCUCUGCAGGUCUCGGCGGUGCAGUUGGCUACGCUCUCGGAGGUUUAGACUGGACCCACACGUUCCUCGGAGCAGCCUUCAAGUCGCAGGAGCAGAUUCUCUUCUUCUUUGCCGCCAUCCUCUUCUCUGUCUCUGUCGUGCUGCAUCUCUUUAGCAUCGAGGAGCAGCAGUACUCGCCGCAACACGACAGGCUCGACCAGGAGAGUCAGGACCCCGCCCACCUGCAAACAUCAGCCAAUGGCAGGAAUGGACUUCUCGCCCCUAAACUGGAAAUGAUUGGUGAGGAUGAUACUGUAGAGAGCUACGACCUCUAUGACCCCUAUGAAGAUGACCAGUCAGAUCAUGGAGAUAUGGACUUCCUAGAGGUGGAGCUUGUGAGAAGUAAAAGUGACAGCGUCCUCGCCAUGGCAGACGCAACUCUUGAUCACCUUGACCACGAUGCACUAUUCUUGUGCCACAUAGAGCCUUCCAUCUUUGCUGAUCACCUCUCGCCCUAUCAUGGCUCACCUUCCACAACCAGUCCCUUCUUUAACCCCAAUCGCAGCACGCCACCCCCCCGAUUUCCCAACAUCAGACGCAGCAGCAGCGCGGGAAGUCAAGACUUGCUCCGCCCCCUCCAAAACAGCAGCCAUCAAACACAUGCUCCCACCCCCAGGAUUUCCCGCCUCUCAGCUUUCUUGCAAGAAAUGGAAAAUGACGAUGGGCAGGAGGCACUGCUGAACAACCAGCUCAAUGAGCAGCGGACGCUAACUAAUACUGACAGACUAAGCACUAACAGGUUGAGCUCUAAAGGACAGGCACAUCGUGCUGGAAUGGUCAAAGCUGCCAGUACUGGAGCUCCUAUGAGACAGACACGUUACCGUCACACCUUUUACCGCCAGCCAUCAUGCACUUUCUCCUACUACGGCCGCGUGGGUAGUCAUCGUUACCGCUACCGCCGGGCCAAUGCUGCUUUUCUCAUCAAGCCGUCCCGCAGCAUGAACGACCUGUACGAAGUGGAGGCCAGACACAGGAGGAGGAACAGACAGAGGAGCAGACACCGCAGCGGGAACACCAACUCCUCCAGCGGGGAUACAGAGAGUGAAGAGGGCGAGGUUGAGACCACCGUGCGGCUGCUGUGGCUCUCCAUGCUGAAGAUGCCCAAGGAGCUAUUACGGCUGUGUGCCUGUCACCUGCUCACGUGGUUCUCCAUCAUCGCAGAGGCUGUCUUCUUCACCGACUUCAUGGGACAAGUCAUCUACCAUGGAGAUCCUAAAGCUCCUUCUAACUCAACCUUAUUGGAUAACUAUCACAAAGGAGUUCAAAUGGGGUGUUGGGGACUGGUUAUAUAUGCCAUGACUGCUGCUACAUGUUCAGCUCUUCUUCAAAAAUAUCUUGACAACUUUGACCUGAGCAUUAGGGUCAUCUACAUCCUGGGUACACUUGGAUUCUCCAUAGGAACUGCUAUCAUGGCAAUCUUCCCUAAUGUGUACGUGUCCAUGGUGAUGAUCAGCAGCAUGGGCAUCAUCUCCAUGAGUAUCUCCUACUGUCCUUAUGCUCUACUGGGUCAAUAUCAUGAAAUGAAAGAGUACAUCCAGCACAGUCCUGGUAACUCUCGCAGAGGCUUUGGCAUCGACUGUGCCAUCCUAUCCUGUCAGGUGUACAUCAGCCAGAUCUUGGUGGCCUCAGCUCUGGGUUCUGUAGUGGAAGCUGUUGGCAGUGUUCGUGUCAUUCCCAUGGUGGCCUCUGGGGGCUCCCUCCUUGGAUUCUUCACUGCCUGUUUCCUGGUCAUUUAUCCGACUCCAAACAACGGAGAUGGGGAAUCAGCCAAAGCUUCGGAGAAACGGGCCUUGACAUCGCUGGAAAAUCCCAAUAGCGCUGAAGGGGCUGUUACCGUAGUGAUCGAGAAACCUAGCUUCCUGAAACUCAACAAGGAGGGGAAGGCCACCAGCACUACAGCUUCCUGUCACACAGAAAAUGAGUCUGCUCUGUGAUUAGCUGGCUGCAUUGACAUACACUUUGCUUUGGAAACAACUUGAGUCAUCAUUGCUGUUGGAAAAGACUUAAAGGUGUGCCUUGAUGUGGAAUUACUUUGGUCCACUCUUGGCAUUUGUUCUGGCUUUAACAGGGUUUUUUUUUUUUUUUUGGAUUCACGUGUCAGAAUAUGCUGAAGAAAACAACACAAUCUGCCGUGGGACCAGUGUUACAUCAGACCAGCUUACCCAACAAACACCAUUCUGGUCCCAGUGCUGUUUCAGCUGUCGACUAAGUUCCUUCCACUUAACCCUUGCAGACAUUUGACCGAUCCAUCAUGGUCGUCCAGGACUGAGUAAUUCAUUGAUUGUGGUUUUAAAGAGAGGUUGUCUCUGUCUCUCAGGGCCUCUAGGAGGUGCUACCGAGCAGCCACCUGGACAGGAAACUUCAGGGGACUCGCAUACAUGCAUUCAAACCUUCACAUUUCCUCAUCUGUGUUCAACACAAUCGAAUGAACGCCUGAAUAAUGAACUCUUUUGAUGAAGAUUAGUCUUUGAAGCUGCAGUCAGUACAAUGCUGAAAAUCGUUCUUCCGCACUGUGGAGUCAGGUUGAUUGAAUUUUUGAAUCGUGAUGUGGAAGCUGAUUUAUGAGAAUGUGUGUAUCUGCUACUUGGGGCCUCCAGCGGAGGCACCAUGCUCACCAAAACAACCCAACAACUCAGUCGGCUUUGUGGGACUUUAUAGCGACAGUAGCUUUAAGACUUUUGGAAGUGGCAUUUUUGAAAUCAUGAGCCCGAAGCCUGGUUCCUGGGGAAUUUAUUGACCGUAAAUUGACGCUUUUGCCCUCUUUCAUAUGGUGGGACUGACAAAAUCUUUAAUUCAGCCGUCAACGCGGGGGAAAGAGGACAAUAAUUCUGAGCAUCUGCUCAUAAAUAUUGAGCAUGAGAAUAAAGUUACCUGUAUAUUGAAUGAUAAAAGAAAAAAAAAAUACAAUUUUUGGGGGUUGAAAUUCUACAAGUGAGAAAGAAAGAGCCUCGAAGCAGUGUGCGCAGUAUAUGGGGCAUUACAAUCAAAUAUUAUUUUUAAGAUUGACUGAGCACCCAGUGUUGUUUCUGUUUGUUUUGACUAAUCGAACUACAUGCUGCAUGUCAGAUGAGAAGUGGAGCGACAAACCAAACACCAGAGAUGAAGAGAGAAAGAAACCGAGUUGUUCUUUCUCUACUUUUUUGCUUAUUUUUUUGUUUGUUUAAAAGAAAAAGAAAAAAAAAAAGGUGCUGUCAGCGCAAAGUUUAAGGCUUGUUGGUUAAGUUUCAGUGGAGGAUUAUGGUCCUGUUGUGAGUCCUUCCACUUUAGAGGGUCAAAAAUAAUCAGGAGAGAGAAGCAGUAUGGACUAGACUUCAGAUUUUUAAAGCAGAUGCUGACACCCUCAUUGUUUAGUAAUUUAAAACAGGCAGUUUUAAGUGCUAUACACAACAAAAAAUAACACCAAGAAUAAUUCAUCAAGCUUCCCAUAGAAAAUCCAGCUUGCCACAUAUUUAAGAUCAUUAUUUCUAGAGCUUAAUAGUUUCACUUAUUUUCACUGAAGUGUUGUGAGAUUUAUUUAACAAAACAGUCACAAGGCUUUGGGAAAAUGGUUAUAUCUGCUGGCGGCAGCCGCAGCGUGACGGCUGAAGAGGAAGUAAAACUACCGAGUUUAGCUUUGCGUAGAGACUCAAAGACCUUGAUAACGAGUGUGCAGCGAUGAAGUUAAAUAAUCUUAAUUCUUCUGAAUGUUUCUUUAGCUGAUGAUGCUGGACAUGUAAAAAGAAAUUUUGAAGGAAAAAAUGAAAGAUUGCAUUGUGGUGUUUGUGUUCUGAUGAAUCAGCCCUUUAGUUGCAAUAAGGACCUUUGGUAAUCAGAGGACUGUGUGGAGUUUGUGCUGGCAGAGCGGGGCUGUUUGUGGUGGUGGAUCUUUUAGGGUGAAAGGCUGUAUGUUUGGGUCAGUUUUCCUUUCAGUUCAAUCGGCUGAAACAAGCCGCAUGAAUGGGAAAAGAAAUGUAAAUUGCAGUGGGAUGAUGACUAACUAGAAAGCACUGUUUUGUUGACGUACAUAAAGCGUUUUGUGCAGAAGGUUCAUUUUAAUUUAGGCAAUUUUAGAAGAGAAUUCAGAUGAUGUGGUGUUUUUUUUUUUGUUUGUUUGUUUGUUGUUUUUUACUCGGGUGCAGAGUUUAACCAUCUUUUUUUAAAAAUACUAAUUCGAUUCCUUCCAUGCUUUCAGGUACAUUCAUUCAUUCAGUCAGAGAGAAGGUUGCUGGGAUCGGAUGUUUUAAAAUGGAUUCUGGAACCAUUAGGGCAAUAAAAUAUUCUGGAUAAAAAUGAAUCCACAACUUCAGUUUAAGGACAAACAUGAAGAUUAAAAAAAAAGAAAACUUUGGGGGUUGGGAGAUUUGCAUGCGACAACAACAAUAUGCAUGUUUGGAACACCAAAGUAUGACUCUGUACAAAAUCACUCGAGCUCUUUUCUUUAUUGUCACAAUAGGUCAGGGAUAUAUUUUCUAAUGCAUGGCUGGAUGUUUGGAUGUUUGUGUCUUUUUGUUCAAGCUUAAAUGUGUUUAAAAAAAACAAAAACAAAAAUACAACACAACAUGUAUUCUUUAAGCUGAAGCAUUGUGCUUGGUCUGGGUCAGUACACUCCUAACAAGUAUGUGAGUUUUAAACAUCCAUUUUAUCACUUCCAGGCUGGAAGGUGUUGAAAUGUGUUACAGGAUGAGACACCCCUUGUUAACAGUGUAGGACGGAAACGCCAGGCCAUGAAUACUUGAAGUGCAACUUGAGUGUUUCUGUUCCAAUGCAGUGAGAAAGUAUUUGAU